AUGAUUUUAAGAAUUAAAUUUUUUUUGUAAAUAAAAGAAUGGACUAUCAAUAAUAUUAAAUUAUGGCAUUUCUUAUAUGUUUCUUUGAGUUAUAAUUUACUUUAAAUAACAAUUAGAUUUUAUGAAGGAUUAGAUUAAAUCCUAUAUGAAACUCAAUUUAUAAUUAACUAAUUCUAUGAAGUAUAUAUUAAAUUAUAAUUUGGAAAUAUAUUACAAUCAUCAACUAAUUAUUUGAGUGGAAUUUUAAAAAAUAUGAAAUUUAGUAAUUCAGCAUCAGAAGGUGAUAUUUUCAAUGGUUGUAAUCAUAGUUGCAAAUAAUGUGAAGGUCCUACAAAUCAAGAUUGUUUAUCUUGUUCAGAAGAAUCAAAACGAAUCUAUAUUCCAUAAUUUAAAGUAUGUUUUUGUCCUUUUGAUUAUAUUGAUGAUCUAGAGCGUAAGAGUAUGGAAAACUAUAAUUUACUACUUGAUCCAGAAUUUGAAUAUAAUUCAAUAUCAAAUUGCCCUUAAGGAUAUUUUAAUAAAGAUGAAUUUUGCUUAAAAUGGUAAGUCAUUUCUAUAUAAAUUUAGCCCUUCUUUUUUAAAGGAUACUUUAAUGACAUGUUUGGAAUUUAUUUAAAAUCCUAAAGGUUGGCAAAAUGAUCCAUAUUGUUAUACUAAUCUAUUUAUUGAUACACUUGGAAGUCCUGCACAAUAUAAAAUUGAUAAUCUAAAGACAUAUUAUAUAUUUGAUGGAAUUGAUAUUAAGCCAUUGUAAUAGGUUUAAAUCUGGAUUAGGAUCAAUUUGAUUCAGUAUACUUAGCUUUUGAAGAGACAAAUUAGAGUUUUCUAAGAUUUUUCUCUUCUUCAAACACAUAUUUAGCUAGUUAUUCUUGUACUAUUGAAUAAUGUUAAAUUUAUAUAAUGUUAAUUACAAAAUAAAUUUGCUAAAAAUGUUCAAAUAUAUCUAGAUUAAGAAAUGGAAGAUGUGUAGAAAUACUUCGUGGGGUCAUUAAUAAAAAUAAUUGCUUAUUUUUUAUUACAAAACAUCUGAAAAUAUUUGUAAUUUAUGUGAGAUAGAGAAUUGUUAAUUUUGUUUUGAAUAUGUAAGUAAUGAUUUAACUAAAUGUACACUCUAUAGUGAAUUUUAACUCUUUUAAAAAGAUGAGUUUCUGAAAAUAGGUUGUGCAUUAUGUUUAGAUGGAUUCAUAUUUGACUUUACAUUAAGUAACUGCUUUUAUAAAGAAUCACCAUUACCCAAUUGUUUGAGCUAUUUUAUUAACCCAUUAGGUUAAUAACUGUAUACUUUAUCAGCUAUUUAAGACUUUGGAGUCCCUCCAGAAAUAACAAACUGUUAAAGAUAUAUAUCUAAUUGUAAAUAAUGUAUUUAAACACCUUAUUCGAUUGUAAAAUUUAUAAUUUGUGAAGACGGAUAUUCGAGUUCCCUAAUAACUGGACAUUGUACAAUCUGUGAAGAAGAAUAUGCAAAAAUGUGUAUAGAAUGAGAUUAUACUAAAUUAGAUGCUUGGAUGUAACAAAUCUGA